AUGUCUGAAGCUGCAGACUCUACCUUCUCGGCUGGUGAGACCAAGCUGUUGAUCAGCAUCAUCAAGCACUUGACUGGAGAUCUUCAGUCUGACUGGGACAAAGUCGCCGUCGACAUGAACUACAAAGACGCCACCAUCGCCCGCGCCCGCUGGAGUCAGAUCCGCCGCAAGAAGAUCACUGGCCCCACUGGCACCACCAAGGCCAAAAGAGGCGGCAACAAAGCCAAAAAGACCUCUGACGACGAAGCCGCCUCUGAGGAAGAGAAGCCCGUUGUCAAGAAGGGCAGAGGCAAAGCCAAGACUAAGGCCAAGAAGACCAACAACAGCGACGAGGAAUCUGACGAUGAAGAAGAAACCAAAGUCGUUGACAAGAAAAAGGGUGUUGCUAAGAAGGCUGGACGUAAGGUCAACAACAACAACAAGCGCAAAGCUGCUGAGUCUGAGGAGGAUGAGGAUGAAGAUGUUGGCGCCAACAAGAAGGUCAAGAUUGAGGAGGCUGAGGAGGAAGAGGCUGGUCUUGGUGCUGAUGAGAAGGAAGGUGCUGAGGAGGAGAGUGAGGUUUGA